UGCAAGGCUGGCACUUGGCUGGCAAGGCUUCACAAUACAGUGCACUCGCAUCCGAGUCGACCUUCAAGUUUCCCCAGACCCAUACUGUUCACCCUACACGACCUCAACACGAGUCCUUAUGAGUACCUGAUGUCGAUCUCACUCGGAGUUCCUUCUCAUCGUCGUCAUCUGCCCUCCCUUCUACUCCGGUGAUGCCUCUAAUCGAAGAACUCCCGGUCGCAUCCACGACCGGCCGUCCCUCUCACGGCUGGGCAUACGUCCCCGCCGACGGCAGCAACAACCCCCUUCCCGCGGCACCUCUAGGAUCGCGUAAACGAGGCCGAGAUGCACUUGGGACAGCAACAGCGACGGCCAGCCUCAGUGUCAGCGCAAGAAACAAAUUGUCCGCGAAACAAGAGAAAGCCAUCCAGCAGCGGUUGAACGAUCUGGGGAAAGAAAAUUAUCGAGAUGGUGCACACAUUCCGGUGCCGAAGAGAGAUGGCGGCAACAGAACCAAAACAACGUCGAAUGUCCGUCGUAUCCUGGCGUAUAGUCGGACGUUUCAGCAUUAUCUGGCAGACGAGGAGGCCGGUGUGAAUGUCUACGGAAGUGCGGGAAUUGGUAUUGGACUGCCAGCAGAUGGUGGUGCUCCUGGUUCCGCCCGGGCCUCCCAGCAACAACGGAAAAGUACACCAACGGUUACCCCUACAACAGAGUCGAAAAGGCGAGGAGGAGCAACCUUGACCUCGGCAGCAGCCGAACGGGAAAAAGACAAGCCUACGCCGCGUGGUGGGAGACCAUCCACAUUGAGAAGACAACAGGCAGCCGCCGCAAAAGAGGCCAAUGCAUCGCCUGUCAAGAAAGAGGAUGACACUAAAGACAGUGUGGAUGUGGAAAUGGUCGAUGCUCCGGCACCAACUUUGUCAGAGAAACAAGAGUUACCAUCUUCAUCAACCACUGGUGAUCAUUCCCAACCCCAACCGCAACCACCGCAAGAAGUGCUAUCGGUAGCAUCAGCAGCAGCGGAAACAGAACCGUCAACAUAUGAUCCUGCUUUGGAUUGCGAUCCUCUUCUUCGCACCCGGGACGUCCCUAAAAUGCCCUCGGAGCGCGUGAUGCAGGCCCUGCUCGCUGAGCCACCGCUCAGCUAUACGGCCGCACGGGCAAAGCCACUGGAAGAUGGGGGAGGUUCUGCUGGCUCUGGCCUCUUAUUGCCCAAACCGCCGCGCUGGUUCUGUGCCAUCUGUGGGUACUGGGGUAAAUCGAGGUGUAAGUACGGAUGUGGCGAGAGGGUGUGUGGAUUGUUGGAGUGCUGGAGGGCUCAUGAGGGCGUCUGUCCUCUCAACGCCUACUGAGUGGAUGGAAGUGGAAAUUAAAAUAGAAGAGCGGUAUGAUGAGGGCACUUACUGGCUGUGCAUUGGCCGGAGUAAACAUUUUGAUAUGAAUUACCAUGUUUUCUUGAAGCAUUGAUACCCCAAAGCAAAGUCUUGUUACUUCUGGUUCAUGUUCGGCAGGACGAACAGAUAUGAGAUACUGCUACUCGAAUGAAAUCGACACAAUAAUUAAUUUAUAAAUACAUCAAAUUCUCCCUCUUUGGAGGUAGCUGCA